AUGGUUACGACUACGGAAUUACUCAGCCAUAAUGGUUAUUACAUCCCUAGUUUUGCUCAGGUACGAUGCCUACAUAUGGGUGAAAACUUUAAAUACAUGUUUGGUUUGGAUCUCGCAGAAAAUGAGUUGAGUGGUGAAAUCCCAGUAGAGCUUGGGGGUCUUCUUGAACUACGAGCUCUCAAUCUUUCUCACAAUAAAUUAUCAGGUGUAAUACCAGAAAGUUUUUCAGGUAUAAAGGACGUGGAAAGACUUGAUCUUUCUUUCAAUAAACUACAUCCCACCACAACUAACAGAUUUCAUGAGCCGCCUAGCUGUCUUCAAUGUAUCAUACAAUAA